UGCUCUAGGAGGGGGCCAGGGGCACCCCGGGGCGUGGGUUUGGGUGCACAGUGAGCUGCCUGGCUCUGCCUAGUCGUGCCCCGCACCCCUCAGCACAGGGGCAGUGCGGAGACCUGCGCAGGCCGGGGCCUGGGGCGCAGCUGGGGCGGGCAGGGGGCAGAAGGCCCAGGGUGCACCGUGUCCCCCGACCCGCGUGCUGCCGCCCCCAUCUCCGUGCAUCUGUUCCCCCCCAGCCCGUCUCCCCCGCGCAGCCCCCAGUGACGCGUGGAUCUGGUCCCCGGUCCAGGCAGCGUGGCGGCGCAGGAGACGUGCUCACACACGGCGCAGCCCCGUGGGGCGCUGCAGGGACCGGCCGAGUCCCGGCUGCAGCAGCCGAAGGCCCGUGGCGCGGACAUGGCUCUGGAGGAGGGAGGACAGCGGGACGCCCCAGGGGCUUGGGACAAGCCACCUCGUGUCCCCGGAGAGGAGCCCCCGCCCGAGCAGCAGUCAGGUGGCGGGACCCUGAGCAGAGCCGAGCAGCAGGCUGGUGAGGAAGGGCCCGUGCGCCCGGAGCUGCAGAGGACUUGGCCAGGGAGCCUGGGAGAGAGGGGCUGCCUGCCCCCGGAGCUGGGCCCAGGGCAGAAGGGGCAGGCGAGGGAGAGCCUGGAGCUCCCGGCGGUGUUCGAGGCCGUGGCAGUGUAUUUCACGCGGGAGGAGUGGGAGCUGCUGGACGAUGAAGGCAAGGAGCUUUACCGGGACCAGAUGCUGAGGAAUUACCAAGCCCUCGUUUCCCUGGGAUAUCGAGGUCCCACCCCUGACUUAAUCUGCCGUCUCCAGCAAGGCCAGGGGGAGCUCUGGGGCUGUGCUGAGCAGGAGCCAGGGGAAGUCUCACGGCAGGAGGAGCUGGCUGCAGGCACAGAUCUGGUUUCCUUGGGGUACCAGGACCUUCCAUUCCCAUCCUCAGUCCGCAAUGUAAGACUUGAUUGCCGAGCCCAAGUUAGCCAUACUUAUACAUCACCCUCUCCCAGGCAAUGAUGGGUUUUGCAAUCCCUUAUGGACAUCUGAAUGGUUGACAGAAGCUCUUUGCAGCCAUUAUUGCUGGAGAGGAGGGAGCCUGGGGCUGUCCCUGGUUUCUCCUGGUCAGGUUAACUGGGAAUGCCAGAAGUGUUGAAUCCUGGUCCUGGGCUACAUGAGAUGGCACCACAGGGUGUGUGGGAUUCCUGAGGUUUCACAUUGUGGGGGAUGUGAAUCCCCCGCGGUUUGCACCAGGUUCUUCCCCUUCCUCUUUCAUCUUGGGGGUCAUGAGCGUCGCGGGCCGUGAGACUCGACACCGUGCCCAUGUGCAGGUGAUGCCAAGGCUUUUGCCCUGCUGCAGACUUCAGGACUUGGAGGUCAUCUGGGACUUGUCAGCAGAGGACACCUCCAUGGUUCAUCCCUGUCCCAAGCCCAUUCCUUGGAAGCACAGCCCUGCUGCUUUUCCAAGAGACAGCCCCUGCUCUAAGUCCUCCCUUUACAAAAUAUUUCUUGGAGGGAUGAGGGAGGAAAACUAUGGGCUUCUUCCACCAAGCAGAAGCAGCACUUGUGUGAAGGACAGAAGCAGCAGGGCCGGUGCAAGGCCAGGCUCCCCACAUCUGCUGACAAAGCCCAGAAAGUCAUCGUGAGGCUGUUCAUCCUUGUAGCCAGACACUGCUCUCAGCACUGCCAGAGAUCGAGGCGAGCGCUGGAGAGCAGUCUCACCAAUGCCCCUUGGUUUCUGGAGCAUGUCGGCCCCGUCAAGUGGGGGGCUCGGCAUCAUCUCCCCCUGGACACACCAGUUCUGUGGGAUAAAGUAGCACUUAAAGAGCCACUUUCUUCUUUUAAGCAGAUGCCUCUGGUGUGCUCCUCAGACCAUUAGAGCAUGAAGCCAUUCUUGCAAUGCAGGGACUAACGUGGAGUUUCUCUUCCCCUUGCAGGA